AUGAAUUAUCAAAGACCUUUACUAGAAGAUGGAAGAUCAUGUAUUAAGUUGGAUUCCAAUUUAAAAAAUACUAUUAUUAUUGAGGGCAAUCAAUAAUAACAGCAAGACUAGAAAUAUUUCUAUUUUGAUUACGUAGCUUAACAAGACUCAACCUAAGAAGACAUAUUUAAUAUAGUGGGAAAAUAAUAAGCAAUCAAUUGUCUAGAUGGUUAUAAUGGAUGUGUGUUUGUCUAUGGAUAAACUGGAAGUGGUAAAACAUACACAAUGAUGGGUACAUAGAAGCAGCCAGGCUUAUUACCAAGAGUGAUUGAUUUUCUUUUUAAUUGCAUUUAGGAGGACUCCUCAGAAUAUGUAGAAUAUUUAGUCAAAUGCAGUUAUUUGGAAAUCUAUAAUGAACAUAUAAUAGAUCUUUUAAAUCCCUAGUUAGGAAACUUAUAAUUGAGAGAAGAUCUCAAAAAGGGUGUGUAUGUAGAAUAGUUAAGCGAAGAAGUUUGUACAAAUGUGACUGAAUCAUUGGAAGUACUCCAGAGAGGGAGUCUUAAUAGACACAUAUCAUCCACUUAGAUGAACAUAGAAUCAUCAAGAUCACACAGUGUGUUUACUAUAUAACUUGAAUCAAGAAGAUAGUCAUCUCAGACCUAGGUCAUCAAUCAUAGAUUUUCGAGAUUUCAUUUUGUAGAUCUGGCUGGUAGUGAAAGGUAGAAGCAAUCUUAAGUUUAAGGAGAGAGGUUGAGAGAAGGUUGCAAUAUAAAUAAAAGUUUACACAUCUUGGGCAAUGUAAUCAAUUCUCUUGUUGAAGACAAUCAAUCCUAUGUACAUUAUAGAGACUCUAAAUUGACAUUUCUACUCAAGGAUUCUUUGGGAGGCAAUUCAAGAACUCAUCUAAUUGCCAAUAUUUAAUAAUCUCAACAAUUCUAUCAAGAAACCUUGUCGACUCUUCUGUUUUCUAAAAGAGUUAAAUAAGUUAAAAACAAAGCAAGGAUCAACGAAGAUGAAAGUGGUAAUUUAGAGAGUCUGAAAAAUGAAAUCAAAAGACUCAAAUAAGAACUUGCCAAAAGUGUUACUCAAUAACAGAAAUGGGAAUCACCAAAGAAAUUUGAAUAGAAAUAAUAAUAAUCCCAAAUUAAUGAACAAUUUUUACAAUCUUUAGAAUUGGAAAGCCUGAUGAUUAAUGAUUAAAAGUACAUUAAGCUUGAAGAAAUCUUGAAGUGCUAUUUAGAAUAAUCAACAGAAAGUGAAACUGCAUUAUUUUUAGAAAUUGAAAAAUAUUUGAAUGGAAUUAAAUAAUUAAAAGAAGGCUUCUAAUUAGGAUAAUAGUUAGAGCAAUAGUUAAAAUUUGUUAUUAAGUUGCAGAACGAAUAAAUAUAAAAAUUAAAACUAAAUCAAUCAGCAGAUGAAAUACAACAAUAAAUUUAAUAAUAAUUAGCAUAUGCCUUGCAAUGUCAAGGUUUAGUUAUGAAAACUUUUUACGAAAACCUAACUUUAAAAGAGCAGUAAGGAGCUACAUAAACAGUAUCCAAGGUUUAGGUAUAAGUAGAUACAAAUCUCAAUUUACUAAAAGAAAUAGUUGAAACUGUUUAAAACUCUUUGAAUGAAAGAAGACAAUUUCAAUAGCAAAUAGAUACUUAAUUUAAUUCAUAAUAUGUCACUUUAGAUAAAUUUAAAGAACUUGAAACAUAAUCAGAAUAUAAAGAGAAGUUGUUAUCAGAGUAAACAUAAAAAUUAGUAUAAAUGGAAGAUUAAAUCAAAGAGAUUGAAAAAACAAUUCUACAAAAAUUAGCUGAAAAUGGAAUUACAUUUAAUGAAAACGAUUAAAUCAUUGAUGUUAGAGAUAAAUAAAUUUUAGAUUUAAAAAGCAGAAUUAGUGACCUGAAUUAAGAACUCAAAAAUUCAAAUUAAGAAUUAGAAGAAAUAUUAAAUAACUCAGAGUAGGUUAUUUAAUAAUUGAAGGAGAUUGAAAUUAAUUAUGAACAAUCAUAAACAAAUAUUUAAUAGUUCUAAGAUGAAUUUAAGUAAUAGAUAUCUUAAUUUGAAGAAUAAAUAAUUCAAUUGAAGGAUUAAAAUCAAUUAUAAGCUAAUAAUUAUCAAUAGCUCAAUUAAUAAAAUUAAGAAUUCAAAUAAUAAAUUCUAAAUGAAAAAAACUAAAAUACGUAGCUUGUUUAAGAGUUAACAGAAAAUGAAGAAAAACUAAGAUAAAUUAAUUAAAUAAUUGUUGACAAUGAUAUUACAAUUUAAGAACUAAAAUAAUAACUAGCAUUUUAUGAAAGUAAUAUGACUUAAUUUAAAAAUGAUUUAAGUGAUUAAAAAACUAAACUUCAAUAAAAUGAGAAAGAAAUUUAAGAAUUAGAAUCUGAAAAUGAAAAUCUAAAAUAAAAAUGUUCUAAUUAUUAAAAUGAAUUAGGGGUAGUUUAAGACUAGUUAAGGUUAUCAGUGUGCAAAUUGGAGAGUUCAGAAUUGGAAUUAUUUACUUAACUAUAAUAAGUAUAAAAUGAUAACUAAUUGUUAUAAUAAGAGAAUACUCUCUUAUCGAAGACUAAGAAUGAAAUUUAAUAGGAAAAAGAUGGUUUGGUUCAAGAAUUAAGGUAAAAAAAUUAGGAGCUUUUAAAUACUUAAUUAUAGCUUUAAUAAACUUAAUAAAAUUAUUAGGAAGAAAUGAUUGUAUUUUAAUAAAAUUAAUAAAUUUAAAAUUCAGACUUAGAGAAGAAUUACUAAGAUUAAUUGAAACAAUAGAAAAAGGAUUUUGAAUUGUUCUUAUCGCAAUUGAGUGCAAAAAAUGAUUGUGAUUUAGGCAUUUUGAAUUAAGAAAUCCAUUAAUUGAAUUGCAUAAUUAAAGAAAAAGAUAAUUAAAUUUCUGAAUUGUAGUCUUCAUAGGAAUUCUAAAUAAAUUUGUUAAAUUAAAAAUUGCAAAAUGAAACGUAAAGGGCUUCGCAUUUGGAGAGCAUUAUAGAAACAUAGAAAUUAGAGUUUGAAGAUAUUCAAAAAGAGCAGAUGUCCAGUGUAGACUUAUUGUAAAAGCAAUUAGAAAGUAAGCAGGCUGUAAUUCAAGAAACAUCGGAUCAUUAUAACCAAGUUCAUGAACUCUACAUCUCUUUGUAAGCUAGGUUGGAACAAAAGGACUAAGUUAAUUCCGAAUUGAAAAGAGAUUUGUUAUAGCAUAAGUCCAAAAUAGAGAGCUAGUCAAAGGAAAUACAAUAGUUAUAAUAAAAAAUAGUCUCGAUAGAGAAUGAGAACUAAUAAAGCAGAAACACAAUGGAAAUUUAAUAGUAAGGUAAAUUGUAAGAUAUGACUUAAAAAUUAUAAAUUAAGAUAAGAACAAUCGAAUAAUUGACUAAUGAAAAAACAGCUUUAAAUGAUAAAAUAAAGGAGGUUGAAUGUGAAUCAAAUAAGUUUAAAUAAACGAUAAACCAAUUAGAACAAUAAUGUAAUGAAUGGUCAAUUAAAUUUAAUUCAUUAUAAUCUCAAAUUCAAUGUUUGACUAAUAACAUCAAUGAAAAAGAUUCAGAAUUAGAAUUCAUGCAAUAAGAAUUUAAUAAAUAAAAUCAGAUUCUUGAUAAAAGUUCUGAAAUUUGGAAGAAGGAAACAGAUUAAAUGGAAAUUGAUAACAACAUCUUAAAACUCUAAAUCAAUGAUAAGUAAAAGGAGAUCCACAAACUUGAAUAACGAUUAAAUGCUAGUCUAAAUGAUUUGCAAUAAAAAGAACAAUAGGUAGAUUAAUUAAAGUUAUAAUUAAAUCAUCUAAAUACAAACCUACAACAAUAAUUAGAAUUAACCUCUAAGGAUAAUUCCUAACUCAAAAAGGAAAUAUCAUAAUUAAAUCAACAUAUUGAUUCAUAACAUGAAGAAAUAGAUUAGAUGAGAGUUGAAUUGGAUUAAAAAUAAUCUCAAGUUGAUGAAAAUAAAUCAAUCGUUAAGAAAUUAACUAAGUAAUUAGAAUUAGAAAUUAAACAAUAUUCUCUGCAUUUAAAAAAGUAUGAAGAUUAACACAAAAAGGAAGUUUAAGAGUUAGUAGAUUAAUUGGAUAUUCACUAGAAGUAAUUAUAAUAGAAGGAUCAAUAAAUUGAAUAGUUAAAUAAAUAAGUAAAUGGAUUAUAAUGUGCAUUUGAAACAAAAGAGGAUGUAAAUCAGUAAACUCAAAAAGACAUUCAAUAGCUCAAAGAUAAAUUAAAGUCUGAUUAAAAUAAGUUUACAAAAAUAAUCUAAGGUCUUGAAAAUGCCAACAUUUAAUUGAAAAAUCAAUUAGAAGAAAGUAGUUAUUAGAUUUAGGAAAAUGUGCAUAAAUAUCAAUCAAUCCAAAAAUAAAAUGACUUAUAAAACAUCUAAGUCAGUGAAUAAUAAGAUAAAUACAAUCUCUUAAAGGAUCAAUUCACUAGAUUAGAAUCUUAAAUGAAAUAAGAGUCCUAAAUAAGAGAACAAUAUAGUCAUAUUGCUGAAAAAGUUUCAAAAGAAAACAAUGAGUUAAAACAGAAGAUCGAUAAAAAAUAAUAAAUUAUUGUACAAUUAGAGUAAGCUCUCUUGUAGAACGAAGAGACACUGAAAAAUGUUCAUGAUAGAGCAAAGGAGUUUUGUAAGUAAUAAGAGAAGGAAAUUAAUGAUAUCAAGGAUUAGUAUCUAAAAUUAGAGGCUGAACAUAAUGCUAUAUUAUCCUAAAAUUAAGAACGAGAAGAUGAAAAUGAAUAAAUGAAAGACCAAAAAGAUCAAGCACUGAUGCAAAUGCACGCUUUAGAAGAUGAGAAUGGUAAAUUAAAGAAGGAAUUACAAGAGUAACAUGAAAAAUUAACCAAAUCGAACAAUGAAAGAUCUAUGCUCUAUAAGUAAAUUGAAGAGAUGCAAAAAGAUAUUGCUUAACUUGGAGGGCAUAAUAAUCCUUCAUAAAAAAUACGAUACUUAAAUACUAUAAAACAAGAGAAAUUCUUGUUUGAAAUAAGAAAAACUAUACUUAUCAGAAUAAUUAUAGAAGGAAAUUGA